GAUAUAAUUUAACAAAACAUCCUGCAUAUGGUGAAGGAAAACUUAUAGGGAUUGAGAAAUUAUACCGGCUCCUCUAGAACUUGGUCUUCUUCAAUCAGAAGGUUUGAGGAUAGAAAAUGCAGAUAUCGCGAAAUAUACAGAAUCCUCCGCCAAAGAAAGUCCUGGUGGAGAUUGAAGACCAGUGGGCAUUUUGGGUAGUUUUUGGAGUUGGUUUGGAGGAUGUGGUUGACGUUGGCUGGAUUGGCGGUGAUGACACCUGGGACAAAUUCGGGAUGGUGAUAGACGGCUGUGCUGGCAGGGGAAUGGGAGAGGACUUGGGUUGUCCAUUCAAGAAAACGGUUCCGAUAUUUCAAGAAUUCCUAUCAGCCCCUCAGCUCAGUUCACGCGCAAAUCAACCCCUUAACUCGCAUGCGGUGGCAAACCAACCCUCUGUUAAGCCUGAUGUCAUUAAUCCAUUGAAGAGAGUGCAGGGAGUGAAGGUAGCCAAGGGUGGGAAUCUGGUAUUCUGUGCGGGAGAGGCCCAGCUCUAUACGCUGGACCAACUGAUGAGAGCGUCCGCAGAGUUACUAGGGAGAGGCACAAUGGGGAUCACAUACAAGGCAGUGUUGGGUAACCGUCUGACCGUGACGGUGAAGCAGCUGGAUGCCGGAUUAGCCGGCAUGUCGAAGUAGAUGUUCGAGCAGCUCAUGGAAUCGGUGGGUGGACUCAAACACCCCAAUUUGGUCCCACUCAGGCCUAUUUCCAGGCCAAUAAAGAAAGGCUUCUUAUCUACGAUUACGAACCCAAUGGCAGUCUCUUCUCCCUCAUUCACGAUAAGCCUUCAUUACUUCAUUUUCCCUGUUCAGUUUCAGUGUGUUAACUCGUCAUUCCCAGCUUGUUAACUCAGUGACUACCCAAUUAAGAGUAAGGCUAUAA